UAUUUUCCAUUGGUCUGAGGGCGCCUUUGGUGUGUUGGGUCACUUGACCGAUUCCAUUCGCUGUGACACGUCGCUUGUAUUUCAGCUGUCCUUUUAUUCACUAUUUCCGCGGUUUUUUGGCUGAUUUUUUGCUCCUGAUAUUUUGAUUAUGGAAGAAAAUAUAGGCCUGACUACCGAGGAUAUCGCAGGGAUAGUCAAGAACGCAAUUGGUGGUGUAAAAGAGUAUAUUGAUGAUGCCAUUAAGAUACACAAGACGGAGACACAGAAAAUUAAAAUGGCGGCCAAGGUCAAGUUUCGAUUUAUAGGCAAUCAGGCUCAGUUCGAGUUUAAUUCUGAGCUCCUGGAUUGGGUUGAGAAAGCAAGCGAUUCUUUAGGGAAGGCUGACGUUGUCGAUAAGGUAGGCGCUGAUUUGAAUGAGAUUAAGAAAUUGCUGCAUCGGCGCAACAAAUUGAUCAGGAUUGCGGAUAAGUCUGAAGGUGGUUGGAGCGUCGUGGACGAGUACUUAUCUGAUGAAUUGGCGAGUGAUAGCGACGACGAGAAGCGGAUUAGAAAUGCCCAGCUCAGGGCAGGUAGGCGAAAGAGAUUUAAGGCCCAGGCUCUGGCUAGGAAAAGGUCAGCGACCCAGGUGCAUCCUCCCCCAGAGAGGGGUGAGUUGGCUGGAGGUAGCGGUGGUUUUGCGAGUAAUUUUCGCCGCUUUAAUGCAGGACGCGGUACGUUUGGGUUUGGGGGAAGGAGAGUGCCCCAGCCAGAAGACAUCUGCUUGGGAUGCGGGCAGCGAGGCCACUGGCGUUUCCAGUGUGAUCAGCAAAGGAACAGAGCCGCUCCGGCUUCAGCGCCUUUCCCAAGCUCCGCCCAACAGCAGCCACGAAACCAGUAGGGUUCAAGGUGAACUCAGUUUAUUUAAUUUUAUUUAUAUAUUUUUUAGUUUCUGUGGUUAUUAAUAAGUGUUGACUUGUCUUGUAUGUCG